CAGUAAAUCUUCACAAUGUGAUUGGUGCCUCAGAGGCCGACGGGACAGAGGAACAGAUUUAAAAAGACACAAUUGUUGCAUCUGGAGGACAGUCACUGAGACGGUGAAUGACAGCGAUGGCUCGUCUCACAACUCUUCUCGUUGCCAUGUGGCUUGGUGUGACAGUGAGCACAGUGGUUGAUCUGGAGAAGAGAAUCAUCGGAGGUCAAGAGUGUGGACCAAAUGAGCGUCUGUACCAUGUCCAGCUGAUAUCCACUGAUGGACAACACCAGUACCUUUGUGGCGGCUCUCUGAUCAGUAACCGGUGGAUUCUGACUGCAGCUCACUGCUAUAAGCCAGGACGGACGUUCACUGCACAUAUAAGCGUGCAUGCUGGUCCUCCUAAAAGAGUACGAAUCACAGAUCGACCUGUGAUCUUCAACGACGGCAAGCAACACGACCUCAUGUUACUGAAGCUGCCUAAAGCAGUUGUAGGUGUCAAACCUGUACGAGCUCCCGACUGUCAACAUCCUCCCAAGAGAGAUGCUGUGGUUCAGGUUGCAGGUCACGGUUCCACGAAGGUUGGCCCAAAUAAUGAAAGAAAACCUGGUUCUUCAGACACUCUGCAUUGUGCUGAUAUGGACGUCAUCGACUGUGAGACGUUCAUGAGCUUUCUGCGUCGGAAAAAUCCAGAACUCUUCGCAGCCUAUAAACAUGAGCACUUGAUCUGUGCCCAUACACCUUCGGUGGAUGCCACUCACGGUGACUCUGGUGGAGGAGUGGUGUACCAGGACAAGAUUUAUGGUGUCAUUGUACGUGGGCAUCCUACAGUUGUCUCUGGUUGGUCACUUAUGACUAUGGACCUCUGUUAUAGGCCAUACGAUCAGUGGAUCAGAAACACCAUCGCCCGACCAUGAGAAAAUGCAGCUUUUGGUUAAUGGUGAAAUGUUCAGUUUUUAACAGACAUUUCACAUCAAACUUUACAGUUGAUGUCAUUGUUCAUUAAAGGUCCAGCUAUAAUUUGUAAAGCCCUUUAUUCUUUUUACACAACCUUUAAAGGUUCAGUGUGUAAGAUUUAGGUGAAAGCACCUUUCUCCAGAAAUUUAAUAUAAAAUAAUCCGAGUCAUGUUUUCUUUGGUAUGUUUCAUCUAAAUUGUAUGAGUUGUUGUUUUCCUCACUCUAGAAUGGGCCCUUUGAAUUUAAAUACUUUAUAGUUACUUCAGGAGCGAGUCCUUUCUACGGAGGCCACCAUGUUUUUUACAGUAGCCCAGACUGGACAAACUAAACCUUUUGAGUUUUUAUGACAUCUGAAGCUACCACAGGUCCUCUAACGUGUUUGAAAGGGGAGGAUGAUGUGAGGGGUAUUCAGCUGCAACAUGACACUUCACCACUAGAUGUCAGUAAAUUCUACAAACUGAACCUUUUUAAGAAAAUUUACAUCUGUAAAAAUAAUGUUUUACAUGUUCUUGUAUCUAAAUUCAACAGAUUGUGUCUGUUUUUAUACAGUCAUUCUAUUGGGGACAAAAUAAAACAUAAACUACAAAGGGACACAGUAAUAAUCUGCUCUACUUUCACCAGUUCUGAAAAUACAAUGAACAAUGUCACUUCCUUCUGUUCUGUUAACUGAAAUAAAAUGAGUAGCAUUU